AUGCUGGACUCCUGGAUGGCUCGCAAGGCCAAGAAGAUCCAAGGGUACGCGGACGGCAAAGAAUGGAAGAACUUCUUCUCCGCUAUCUGGGCAGUCUACAGUCCCACAGCCAAAGGAAUCGCCCCUCCCGUCGGCGCCGACGGCAAUACCCGACUCACUGAGAAGAAGAAAAUUAUGAAGGGAUGGGCCAGGCACUUCAGAGGCGUCCUCAACCGUUCCUCCACAAUCUCCGACGUCGCCAUAGCCUGUCUGCCUCAAACGGGGACCAACGACGACCUCAACGUCCCACCCUCUACGCUAAACCAUCAAGAUCGUGCAACAGCUCUCCAGCGGAAAGGGCCCGGAUUGGACGCGAUCCCUGUUGAAAUCUACAAGCACGGCGACCCCCAACUCAUGGAUUAUAUGAUGGCGCUCUUCCAACAAAUUUGGCGUUAA